GCCGACUCCAAUCAUCAGUGCCCAGUUCGAAUUAAUUAGGGUUCAGAGAUGGGUAGGAAAAAGAAAUCUAGGGCUUCGACAACCGAAGAAGAUGAGAUUGAGAUGGAUAACGAUGGCCGAUCUUCUGAGAAAAGUCUUUACGAGGUUCUUGGAGUUGAAAGAAGAGCUACUUCACAGGAAAUAAGAAAAGCCUACCAUAAAUUGGCAUUGCGGCUUCACCCAGAUAAAAAUCAGGAUGAUAAGGAAGCCAAAGAGAAAUUCCAGCAGCUGCAAAAAGUCAUAUCAAUUCUUGGGGAUGAAGAGAAAAGGGCAGUUUAUGAUCAAACUGGCUCUGUUGAUGAUACUGAUCUUUGUGGGGAUGCGUUUGAGAAUUUGCGGGAGUUCUUCCAGGCCAUGUACAAGAAGGUCACUGAAGCAGAUAUUGAAGAGUUUGAGGCAAACUACAGGGGAUCUGAGUCAGAGAAGAAAGACUUACUUGAGCUGUUCACCAAGUUUAACGGUAAAAUGAACAGGCUAUUCUGCUCAAUGCUUUGCUCGGACCCCAAGCUUGAUUCACACCGUUUCAAAGACAUUCUUGAUGAGGCCAUCGCAGCAGGACAAGUGAAGUCAAGCAAGGCAUAUGAGAAAUGGGCAAAGAAAAUUUCAGAAACGAAACCGCCCACCAGUCCAUUGAGGAAGAGGAAGAGGAAGAGGAAGAAGUCAGCAAAGGAUUCAGAGACAGAUCUUUGCUUGAUGAUUGCGAAACGACAAGAGGAGAGGAAAGGGAAGGUGGAUUCAAUGUUUUCAUCACUCAUCUCCAGAUAUGGUGGUAAUGCGGAAGCAGAGCCUACUGAAGAAGAAUUUGAAGCUGCCCAGAGAAGGAUUGAAAGCCGGAGACCAUCCAAGAAGUCUAGAGGAAAGUAGAGUUAAGUACUUAAGUCUUCUUGUAGCAUGUUUGUGAUGGAACAAGAAUGUUUAUUUUGAUUCAAAUUAGCAUCAAUUUCAAAAAUUCGUAAAUAUUUCGAUUGUUGCUUUAUAAAUUGUGUUAAUUUUG